AUGUCUGUGCCGGCUACAAUGAGAGUAACCAAGAUUCCUUCCAUGGAUCUCACAAUGACGAACCUCGCCUACUGCUCCCCUGCUGAUCUCCACCACUUUGCUGACAUGGGGACAGAGCUUUUCAUGGCCUUGCUUGCCGACAGAGUCAUUCUUAAUCUUGCAUAUCCUUUCAAUCUUACUUCCCAUCAAAGCGUUGAGAGAGGGCAUAUUGCGCUCAAUGGUGCUCAGCGUCGGUGUAUUAAAGUUUCUUCUGGUGAUGAAGUUUCUGUCAGCAGGUUCAUCCCUCCCAAUGACUUCGACCUUGCAUUGCUCAAGCUCAAGCUGGAAUUUGUGAAGAAGGAAGCAAGUAGAGCUGAACAGGUUGAUGCUGUUGUGCUGUCCAACCAUCUUAAGAAAAUAUUUAUGAACCAGGUUAUGAGUUCAGGGCAAAGAGUAACAUAUGACUGCCUACAUUUUUACCGUUAA